AUGCAGUUUGAGCCAUUUGAACUAAGAUGGCUAACAAGCAAAUGGAGUAAGUGCAGCACUUCUUGUGGACUCGGUCGUCGAUACCGCGACGUUGUUUGUGGGGUCUAUGUACCGUUCCAGUUUAAAUUUAUCCACAUCCCAUCCUCUUGUUGCAUGAAGGCUAAUAGUUCUCAGUGUCAUUCUUACAUUUUAAGAACAAAAACCAACCUCAUUCACCCAUUGUGGUAUUUGACCAAAAAUGGUACUUGCUCUUCACAGUGUGGUCAAGGAUUCCGACAAUUGGAUUAUGAAUGUCGCCAAGAGUUUGCCAGGGAUCAAUGGAUUUCUAUUUCGACAAAAUUCUGCAGUUAUCCUCCUCCAAUAAUGAAUCAAACAUGUUACGGAUCUGUGUGUUUUGCGAAAUGGGAUUAUUCUCCAUGGAAUCAAACCUACGUUCAGUUAAAUGCAAAUCUCGACCGCGUUUUCCUUCAAUAUGAAGAUGCCGCUUAUGUUUUCAAUAUUUCUUACCUCGAAAUAAAAUGUCCGCUUAAGAAUUCAAAUUUGACGCGCAACUAUGUUAUUGCUGACUCAAAUAUUUUGACUUUUGUGGUAACGGAAUGGUCUCAAUGUUCCCUUCUCUGUGGAAUCGGUUCUCAGGAAAGAAGUGUACAGUGCGCCCUUGUCUCACAAAAUUCAUAUACAAUUGUUUCCUCCAGUUUAUGUGAUUCUGCCGGACUUGUCAGACCUGCUGUGGAAAGAAAUUGUGGUUCCCUUUGCCCACGAUGGAAAACAUCGGAAUGGUCUGAGGUGGCUAAGAUUUGUGUAAACCAAUAG